AUGAGCGACAUCAAGAUCUACACCGUUGACGAGCCUUACCUCAAGAUUGACUGCGGCCUGGGUGAAGGCCCUUUCUGGGAGGAGGCCACAAACACCCUGCGCUUUGUCGACGUUGUCAAGCAGAAGGUCCAUGCCAUCGAUCUCAACAAGGGACCCCAGUCGCACAGAGUCCUCGCCGACCUCGACAUCUCCAUAGGGGUGACGGCCGACAUUGAAGGCGACAACGACCACUUCUUCUUCGGCGGCAAGCAUGGCUACGGCAUCCUCAACCGCAACACGAGCAAGUACAAGUACAUCCGGAAGUACUGGUCCGACAAGGAGAUUGCCGAGGGCAAGGAGAAGCUUCUCCGUGGAAACGAUGGCGCCGUCGAUGUCAGGGGCAGGUUCUUCGUGGGCACGAUGAACGACCCGCUGGUCAAGAGCCCUGAGCCCGAAGGCACGCUAUUCCGCCUGGACCCUGAUCUGACGCUGCAUCGCGUGCUCGAGAACGUGCACAUCCCGAACGGCAUGAGCUGGAGCAAUGACAACAAGACCAUGUACUACACCGACUCGCCGACCCAAAACGUCUUCGCCUUCGAUUACGACGUCGAAACCGGCUCCUUUUCCAACAAGCGCGUCUUCUACCAUGUGGAAGAGGGCGAGCACGGUGUGCCCGACGGCCACGCCCUGGAUGUCGAGGGCUACAUGUGGGUCUCCAUCCACGGCGCCGGCAAGGUCCUGCGCGUGUCGCCCGACGGCAAGAAGGUGGCGGAGAUCAGACUGCCAACUCGGUGCCCAACGUGCCCUGAAUUUGCUGGCGAAGAUCUGUACAUCACGAGUGCCGAGGAAGAAAUGCCCGACAAGUUCCCUGAGAGCACUAAGCUGCACGGUAGCCUGUUCAAGGUGCACGUAGGAGUCAGGGGCGCCCCGUCGUAUCGCUUCAAGUACGAUGGCGAAAAGCCAUAG